AUGAAGGGUAAGACCCCAACCUCAAUAAUAAGUGAUGGAGACAUGGCGAUUAGGAAUGUAGUAAGAGAUGUAUUUUCCAAAGUCAGGUAUAGCAAUGUUGAAAAUCCAUCGCUUACAUCUAAAUUCAGGAAAAUCAUGUUGGGAGACUAUGAGAUUCCCGUGUUUAAGCGUAAGUGGAUUCAGCUUGUUGAAGAAUUUGGCCUUGAAGAUAAGCCGUGGGUGAACAACAUGUAUGAAGAGAAGCAUAUGUGGGCUACUGCAUAUAUAAUAAGUAAGUUUUUUGCUGGUUUUAAAACUACCUCAAGAUAUGAAGGUUUACACUCAGUUGUGGCAAGGUAUGUGGGGUCCCGAUAUAAUUUGACAAAUUUUGUAGAGCAUUUUCAAAGGUGUGUUGCACACUUGCGCUCUAAAGAAUUUAAUGCUGAUUAUGAAUCUACACGUGGGGUACCCGUCAUGCAGACUUGUAUAGAGCUGCUAGAGAGAUUUGCUGCUGAGGUAUACACUCAUGAAAUAUUUCUAUUAUUUCGGCCAUUUCUUUCUAGAGCUGGAUCAAUGCGGGUGUUAAAUAUAGAGAAUAACGAUGAUUGCUCAAAGUACAUUGUGUGUAAGCAUGGGAGGUCCGAUUUUCUGUGGACCGUUGAAUUUCGUCAAGAAGAAAUGAUCUUCAUGUGUUCUUGUUUAAGAAUGGAGUUAUUUGAAAUUCCUUGCAAACAUAUUGUUAAAGUUCUGGUUGACAAAGAUAAUUGUGAGAUUCUCCAGUCAUUAGUGUUGGAUAGAUGGACAAAAAAGGUGAAAUCAUUACUCAAUGAUGCAAGUGGGUUCACCAGGAAUGUUGUUGUUAUUAAUCGUCAAAGUGCCUUGAUAGAAUUUUUUAAACAAUUGACUGUUGUUGCUACUAAAGUCCCAGAGAGAUUUGAAGAGACACGAGACAUUAUUAUGGGGUUGUACUCAUCUUACAUGGCUGCAGAUGAAGGCACUAAGCAACCUCAGUCAUGUGUAGCUAAAAGUAGCAAUCCGUAUGUGCAUCAAACUAAUAUAGGCUCAGGACAUCCAUCUAAGAAGAAGCGGCAACGUUGUAGUGUUUGUCAAAUGGAAGGACAUAAAAAGACAAUAUGUCCUUGGCAAAAGGACAUUGACAACAACGUCAUGGGAGAUGAACCUAAUGGUUCAGAUGAUGGUGAAAGACCUCUUAUCCAACUCAAUAAGAUCAUCUUCAUCAUCCGAUAUAGCACUAUGAAUAUCAAUAUCCAAACUCUUAGCCUUCAAUCUAUUUAG